AUGGCGAGGUUGCAGCGUCUUGAGGAGGACAAGGAGAAGUACCUCAAGGAGCUCGACGCCCUUGAGGUAGUCGUGAUUUUGGACGCCGACUUCGAAGUAACUCCGCCACGAGAUUUUGCUCCUUCCGAUAGGGUGAUGGCUGAGGCAGCGGCGGUUCUUUAUCAGCACGGCACCUUUGUGCCUCAGGACACUGAUGCCGUGGAUAUCACUUCUAAAGCCGAGGAUGAAUCCGGGGACUUUUCUGCAAAAGACCCGGCUACUGGAGAAGAACUGGCUCCCCUUUCUAGAAACCCCGUGACGUAG